AUGACUGUACCAAAAGGCUAUCGCUUUAGGCCUACAGAUCAAGAACUCCUUCUAAAAUAUCUCGAGAAGAAGUGUUCGAACGAAGCCCUGCCUUGUGACGUCGUUAUCGAUCGCGAGAUUUAUGGCGACAAAGCCUCAUGGCAGAAUUUCACCGACGAAGAUCCCUGGGAGAUAUCCAAAACCAAAGACAUGAAGACAGAUUUAUGGAAGAUAGAAGGUACAAUCUACGUUUUCACAACCUUGAUCAAGGCCAGCCAAAACAGGAUUGCAAGAAAAGCUGGUUGUGGCUCUUGGCACGGAGAGACCGCUCGUGAAGAAGUUAAGAACGGUAAAUGUGCAAUAGGGUACAAGACAACGUUGUACUUUGAGAUUGCCGCCGACGAACCUAUUGCAAUGGAAGGGCCUGUGGAAAAAGGCCACUGGAUCAUGCAAGAGUACUCUCUCCGCGAUGGCAAUACUGAUAAAAGUACAGGCAAAUAUGUUCUUUGCAGGAUAAAAAGAUUCGACUCAAAGUACACCAAGUUUCGAAAACCCGCAAAGCGUGUUAGAACUGAGGUUAUGCAAGAAAAGAAGAUGGAGUGUGAUAUUACUGCGGCACCGGAUACAGAAGUAGUUCCCUUCUCAAAAGAUCAACAAUUUGUGCAAGAUCAGAGUUUUCUAAUGAGUGACGAUGCGAAUGAGUUAACCGUUGAAGAACUUGAAGCUAUUUGGGAACAGGAGGAGCAAGGAAGUUAUUCACCUUGGCAUUGUGAUAAUUCUGCACUUGUUCCAUUGGAUAGCAAUACUGUAACGUCAAAUACAAACUUUCACAUGCCUGCAGCAUAUCUUGACAAUUCAGUUCCGGUAGUGGAGCAGCAACGAGGUUUCGGGCUUGAUUGUAAUGCAUUUGGAAAUAUCUCUUCGACUCCCAAAAAUGAUUGGGUACAGUAUUCGAACCCCUCUCACAUAGGGGCGCAAAAUUUGUCAAAUACAGAAACCUGGUUGAGUGCGGAGCUUCUUCCAAGCGAUCAAGAGAGUGAAGGGUUCUUGUUUCCAAACUCCAUGUUUCAUGCCAUAGCAGAACCAUCACCGAUAUUCUCUUUUUCCAAUGAUUUGUUUUUGGAUCAGCAGAAAAAUAACAUGUCAGAACAUCUUCCCUCAAUAUGGUGGUGA